AUGCGCGAGAUCUUCCUGCGCGUACGCGGGGACGACCCCGCGAGCCUCGUCCGCGCCGCCGCCUGCUGCUGGAGCUGGCGCGGCAUCAUGUCCCAUCCCCAAUUCGCCCACGACUACCGCAAGUUCCACGGCGCGGCGCCCGUGCUGGGCUUCCUCUACAACAACCACCACAUGACAACCCACAUCGAUGUUCGCGGCCAGAGGCGUUGGUACUCCUCCCACUUCGUCUCCACCGCCACCUUCCGCCCGCCGGCGUGCCGGGACCGCCGCAAGUGGCGAGUCCUCGACUCCCGCCACGGCCUCGCCCUCUUCGACACCCCUAAGAGUCACGAGGACUUCCUUGUCUACGACCUCCUCACCGGCGAGCACUGGGAAAUUCACGCCGAUCCCAAGUGCCACUACUUCAUGUGGUGGCCCGACGACGACGACGACUUGCACGCGUGCCUACGUUGCAACGCCACGCUGCUCUGCGCCAAGGACCGAUGUGACCACCUCGACUGCCAUGGCGGUCCUUUCCGCGUGGCCUUCGUCGGCUGCGACUAUACAGGGAGGGCUGCCCACGCCGCCGUCUACUCAUCAGAGACUCGUCAGUGGACUGACGUGACCUCCGUUGAGCACGAGCAUUACAUCCACUACACGGGGCACAGUGCUGUAGUGGGAGAUAAGGUCUAUGUCCCCUGUAUGGAGAGUGACAGUCUCAUCGUGUACAACAUGAGCCAGCGAGAACUAUCUGUGAUCAAUCCCCCAUUUGUGGUCCAGGCCAUUACUCUCAUGGGGGUGGAGGACGGCAUGCCGCUCUUUGUGUCCGUGGUGAAGCCUAGACUCUUACUGUGGUCACUGGAGACUGGUCCCGGCGGAGCUGCGCGAUGGACGCGACACAGGGUCAUCGAGCUCAAAUCGUUGCUCCCUACUCCUGUCCUCUUGGACAACUCAGGCGUGACGCCGGUUGGUUUUGCUGAAGGUGUUGGUGUCAUCUUCCUGAGUACAAAGGCUGGGUUGUACACAAUUGAGCUCAGUUCAUGCCGAAGCAAGAAGGUGCAUGGAAUGCAAAGCAUCGAAAAGGCCAUUCCCUACAUGAGCUUCUACACUGGAGAAUGGGGGCCGUUGCUGGCCUCUGAUGAAGCUUCACCCGCAGUUGGUGGUGGUACAACGAUAUAA